AUGAGUGAAGACAAUAGUGGAAAACCGGCUGAGAUGGGAAACAUAGAUCAUAGCAAUAUAAAUGGCAGCAACAGCAAAAGGCUGGUACAGCAAGCUUUCGACAAAGAUCGUCUUCCCCAGGAAGUAAUCAAUCAAAAACUCAUCCUGCCUCUGGAGACCAACCUGUUGAUACAGAAACAGAGACAACAGAACCUUGUCCUCCAACUUGGCAGAGGGUGCCUGUAA